AUGGCAUCUGGCCAAGAGAAGGAUAUGGCAAGGGAGGAAGGGCCCACUGCACCUAAUGAGGUGGUGAACAAUGCUGCUGAGAUUGACCUCAAUCAAGAUGAGGCAAUGGCUGACAUUGAGUUGGAUGAUAUUGAGGACUUGGACCUGGACCUUGGAGAUGAGCAUAACCAUGGUGAAGCUGAGAACCAUGAUGAAGCUGAGCACCAUGAUGAAGCUGAGAACCAUGGUGGCGCUGACAACCUUGGGGAAGAGGAUAACACCGGUGGAAAGGAGGCCACUGGUGAUGAAAAUGACUUCACUGAGGGUGAAGGCACGACUUAUCCUAUCUCCGAGGAGAUUGUCCAACUCCAGGCUAAGGUGGCAACUCAGAAUAUCACCAUCCUGCAGCAGCAGACGUCCAUUGAUGGACUCAAGAAGCACACUCAGAACCUCGAGGCUAGACUGAGCAUUACCAUGAAGGAGGUUACAGAGUUCCGUCGCAGCCUGGGCACUAAAAAACGCCAAAUUGAGUGGCUUCUGAAGACUUGCAAGAAUCUGCAAGCAUCGUUCAACAAGUUCAAUGAGCAGUUGACACAUCUUAGGAGGGAGGGUAUUUACGAACCUCCUCCUGGGCGUAGAUCCGCUCCUGCUGCUCAGCCGGCACCCACUCCGCCCGCACCCCCGGCGGUAGGUGCUGCGACGGCUAUGCAUCAGCCACCUCCUACUGAGACCUCGCCCUUUGGGUCUCUCGCGGCGCCUCUGCCUGAAUUUAACCAUAACAGGACGGAGGUGCAGCCUUGGCUCGACCUGGUGGAUUCCACCAUGAUCCUUGCAAAUGUGCGCCCCGAGGCUCGCGUCACUGCAGCUACUCGUGCGUUGGACGAGGUGGCCCGCAGGGCCGUGUAUGGUGCUAAGAAGCAGGCACAGGGACCAUUUGAAUGGCCGGAGUUCUGCACCGCGCUGAAAGAGGCAUUGAUGGUCAAAAAGUCCGACCUGGAACUGCGCGGACGCCUUGAGCGUAUCAAGUGUCCUGACCGUUCGGUGCAGGAAUAUGCGGUCGAGUUUGAGGCCGCAGCACGCUUGCUCCAAAAGCCCUUGGCUGAGGAGGAGAUGAUGCACAUCUUCAUGAAGGGCCUCCCUGUCAACCUGCAGCAGGCACACAUGACCGGCGGCAUGACCAAUUGGAUGACUUACAAGGAGAUGAAGGAGCAGGUGAUCAAAACCGACAACAUCAUUCGCACGUACAUUUUUGGCCCCGAAAAGACAAGCCUGCAGCCCCGUGCUGAGGGCUCUGGUGGUCAUGGGAACCGGCCCCAGAAUGCGAAGGGUGGAAGCGGUUGGAACAAAAGGCCUUUCCAGCAGCGUGAUCACCAGCCUGGCCCACAGGCCAAGAGGCCUAACGGAGGGGGAGGUCAUGGACCUAACAAGCCGGACUUCUCUGACAAGCACCUAAGCCAGGCGGAGCUGGACCUUCUGGAAAAGAAGGAUUUUCAGAAGCCCAACUAG